GAACGCGCACCAGGCGGGACGGAUUAACGCAAAACACAAAAAUGAAAUGGAGGCGAGCAAAAGGAAUCAUGAGGUAGCCUUCGCUUGUUCCCGGUCCACGGAAUCUUGCAGUCGGAAAAAUACUUUUUGACAAGUGUGAGUAGUCGGUGACAAUUUCGGAUGUUUUCGUGAGUGUUCGAUUUAGCCGGGAUGGUGCGGGAUAUUUUCCGAUUACGUUCAGAUGAGGUGACACCCGCGUCUUUAACCGUUCCCGUACAGUGUCGCCUUGGCAACCGAUGAGAUGUCUGGAAUCGAUAUCAACAUCAGCACCGACCCUGGCGGCAUGGCGUUCCUCACGAGCCCGCCGGACGAGAUCUCGCUGGGGUGGAUUCCCAACUCGACCUUCGCUCCGGACAGCAACACCAGCACGGGAUGCGUGUGGAACUUCACCUCCAACAGCACGAUGUGUAUGAACUCCACGGUGGAGACGGACCCGGGGGGAUCGUCCUCGGACGUUCUACCCAUGUGGCUGAACAUCGCUCUGGCCAUACUGGCCGGGUCCAUAAGUAUCGUGACCAUUUUAGGCAACCUGACCGUGGUUCUCGCGUUCGGCAUCGAGCGCAGCAUUCGGCAGCCAACGAAUUACUUCCUGGCGUCGCUGGCGGUUUCCGAUCUGCUCAUCGGAACGUUCUCGAUGCCUCUCUUCACUCAGUACAUUCUGCUGAACUACUGGGCGCUCGGGCCCUGGCUCUGUGACCUCUGGCUGUCCCUGGACUGGACCGUGUGUCUGACGUCACAGUACACGGUGUUCCUCAUAACGACGGACCGCUUCCUGUCCGUGAAGAUUCCCGCCAAAUACAGGAACUGGCGGACGGAGAGGAAAGUGUGGAUCAUGAUCGCGAUGACGUGGAUUUUACCCACUCUCAUUUUCUUCAUCUCCAUCGUCGGCUGGCAAUUCUUCGUUCCGGAAGGACGGACGGUGGCGGAGAACGUGUGCGAGGUUCAGUUCAUGAACGACCCGCUCUUCACCUUCAUGCUGACCAUCGGUUACUACUGGAUUACGUUAGUGGUGAUGUGUAUUCUAUACGGACUUAUUUACAGCGUCGCGCUUAACCUUCAGCGCAAGUCGGACGCGAAACACAAGAGAUUGCAGACGACGAUGGAGCUGGCCGCAGAAAGCGCGGCAAGGAACAACUUGUCGAACAGCAGCGACAGUCCCUUACCUUCGAAGAAACGUAAGAAAUCGAAAAAGACUAAAGACAACAACGUGAUGCCCGUUCCGAAAGGGGUGACCACCACCAGCUUUAGUAAGAAAAACAGUUCCGAGAAGGACGAGGACAGGUCGAGUAGUCCAGCUUUCGCGUCUGACGACGAUAACAGUAGCAGUCAGGGCGCAUGCGGGACUAGCAAACCUUCUUCCUGUUCCGCCACCGCCAAUCUCGUCAAAGCAGUUGACCGGACUGGGUUCAUAAACAACGCGCUGUUGCCCGAUUCGGGCAAAUUCGUCCGGAAAGUGGACUCGGCUCAGAACGGCGGGUCUCGUGACCACAAUCUUCUCUCUCCGGCUGGGUUCGACAAGAAUCCGAUACGGUGCGACUUCAUCUCCGAGUUCGAGACGAGCUGCAUGGUCACGGAGCAGACCGACCUCGAGAAUAUAUUCUCGCCUCCUCCAGUGGAGAUUUCCAAGUCCGAGAAACCGUCUGUGCCUCUGCUACAGAACGACAUACUGAAAGGAAUUCGCUUCAUUGACGAUCAGAGUUUCAACUCUUUGCCGUCUGACAAUGUAAAGCUGCUGUCAGACUCCCAACCUUCCGAGCCAGAGCAGAAAGAGGAGGAUGACGAUAAACAAUCCCCAGUGUGGAGGAGACGCGAGUCCUUCCCCACCCCUAAAGUCACAAUCGACGAGGCCAAACCCGCUUCCGAUGACGCCGGUCAGACCGACCUGACGGUCCCGCUGGCUGUCGGUGAGACGACCACCCUGCAACCUAAGGACCACUGUACUGCUGUCGAAUCGCACGGCUUAGAAGGCAACAAUCUGUCUCCCGCCGACUACACCGACGAUAAAAGCGACGUGCGCCUAUCGGCGGCGCAGCGGCGCCGAAACCGAAAGAACGGGAAAUUCCAGAAUUUCGUGAAAUCCGUGAGAUCCCGAAAUAGCCGGAGACGCAACCGACGGGAGCGGAAGUCCAAGUCGGAGAAUCGCGCGCGCAAGGCGCUAAGGACGAUAACUCUAAUUCUUGGUGCAUUCGUGCUCUGCUGGACUCCGUACCACAUCAUGGUGUUUGUAAUAGCUAUCGCCGGCUACGACGGCAUCAACAUUAGGCUGUACAACUUCACGUACUGGCUGUGCUAUCUCAACAGUCCCAUCAACCCUUUCUGCUACGCGUUCGCCAAUGUUCAAUUCAAGCGAACGUUUCUUAGAAUAUUUAAGCUAGACUGGCAUAAGACAUAACGUAUGGUUGCGUAACUUAAAAAAAAAAAAAAAACAGAAUCGGUAUGCAAGAGGCAUGUUCGGGAGUCCCGAGUUCUCAAUACACUGGUUUUCAUGUCUAAUGUUAAACUGAAUGCGAGAGGACAGCAUUGGGUGAAAACCAGUUGAACUGCUCGCGAGUUCUCUCCUUCUUGAACACGUCAGAGCUUUUUGGCGCUACAAUUUUAGGCUCUAUAAUACUCCUGCUAGUACGGAAAUGCACGAAUCCUUGCCAAACGAUCGGACCUUUUCGGUCGAUUCCGUGAAUCAUAUCUUAAAAAUAUGAUUGUCGGCGACGAAUUAGUCUUUGGCAGCUGAAUUUCGUGUCCAGAACAGCGUAAUUGAACCUUACAGGCAUACAUAAGUCACUGCAAUCAAUGUUCAUAACAGUAUAUACAAAAUAGUUUAUUUGGCAUUAAUUCAGAGUGUCGCUUAUUCGACGAUUCCAUCUGGUUAUCGGGGUGUCAGGGCCUGAAAAUUCUGUGCCAAAAGCCAGCGACCGAUUCCGUUUCAAUAGGACCGACUCUUUAAUCUAGUCAGUGCUUUUUUUUCUCACAAUUUGUUUUCGUUUUACACUAAAAUAACCUUAGAUGAUCUUUUUGGCGUGCUGUGGAAAGUCUGAACCAUAGCUAUAUAUGCUUGGCGAAAGAUCUGAAUUUUAAGCUUGGAAAAUUUGAAAGGAUUUUGAAUUCGAAUUGUGGGUGAGAAAAAGCAGUAAUAAGAGGUUAAAUUGUCGGCCCAUGUCUUAUGCAGUAGAGUAAAUAUAUAGAAAAUGUGUUAUUGUCUAUCUGUCAUACAAGUUUGUUAGUCAAAAACAACUGGAAGAGCAAUAUUGUGGAUUGAUCUAUGGCACACGCACGCACGCAUACACACAUACAUGCAUACACACGCACACAUGCACACACACACACAGACACACACACACAUACACACACACGUACACACACCCAUACACACCCACACAAACAC